UCGAGGCUCGCUCGUACACACAACAGAGACAACACAGAAGAGUGUGCCAGGGGCUGGGCUGACAGUGAACUGCGAGUUGGCCCACUUGGAAACUCCCACACGGGAACUUCACAUACUUCACAGGAACUUGCCUCAAACUUGCCUCAGUUCUGUGUACCGGUUUCUGGACUUCACUCGUUCUAAUUGUUUUUUUCAGCUGAUUUGUGACAAAUUUCCUUUGUAAAGACUGGUUAUUUCAGUUUCGUUGAUUUGUAAAACAGGAGAUGUAGCGAUAAGAAUAGAUCUAACGAUCCAGAUUUGUAUUCGCUUCGUUGUCUUGGAAAGUUGGAGGAAAAUCGAAACUCGCCUAUCAUCGGUGGUUACAGAAACGAAAGUUACCAGCUUGUAUCGAACUGUUGUUGUUACGUGAAAAGGCCCAAUGGAUAUGAACUUGUUUUUCAGUAUAAGGACUUUGUUUUUCGAGUCAUGGAGCCCGAUGUAGGAUCACAAUCGGAUUAUAUCAGGAUUACUGACUUCGGUGACACCGAUACAUAAUCGUACUUCGGAUAAACCAACACAGAAUCAUGACUCAGGGUAUGUUCCUGGCCAAGGCGCUGUACGACAACAUCGCGGAGACCCCCGACGAGCUAGCGUUCCGGCGCGGGGACGUGCUGACCGUGUUGGAGCAGGAGCCUGGGGGCCUGGAGGGCUGGUGGCUGUGCUCUGUGCGCGGCAAGCACGGGAUAGCGCCGGGCAACAGGCUCAAGAUUCUCUCCGGGAUGUCGCCGGGGGAGGCGGGGUCCAACAACGGCAGUCUCAAUCAGGUAGGUGGCUGGCUGCUUGUUUGUGGUGUAGCUCAUGUGUUGGGUAUAGUGAUGGUGCAGAUGAAGAAUGGAUGGUGA